AUGUUUGUUAAUGAUCCUAAAGACGUUGAUAAAAAAAUCGUCGAAGAAGAAGCCAAGCAUUUACGAAAAGUCUUGAAUACCUUUACUUUAUAUAAAACACACGCCUUAUCUUCUAAUAAUCGUCGUAGAACGGAUUAUUAUAGUUUAUCAGAGCGACAUAAAGCUUUAAUACCGGAACAAUUAACCAAGUUAAAUAAUAUAGACAAGGCAAUUUCAAAGAAUUAUCAUGUAUUAAAACAAAUAUUAGCUGAUGGUAAAUUAUUUACUGGUGAAGAAACAAGUUUCAAUAAUGAUAAAGACGUAGAUCAAGUAACAGAGUUCGAUAUGGAUAAAUUAAGAAGUACUAUUAAACAAUUCGUAAGAGAAUGGGCAAUCGAGGGUCAACCUGAAAGAGAUGCGGCGUACAAACCUUUACUUGACGCGUUAAAUGAGUCUUUUAAAGAUAUUUCUAAAGAAGAAAGGGCAUCCAUUCGUGUCCUAGUUCCUGGUGCUGGUUUAGGACGCUUAGCAUUUGAUAUCGUACAGCAAGGAUUUAGCUGUCAAGGAAACGAAUUUUCAUUCUUUAUGUUAUUAGCAUCUCAUUUUAUUUUAAACAGGAUGGAGAGGGUUCAUCAGUAUGAAAUUUAUCCGUAUAUUCAUUCUUUCUCCAAUAUCGUUUGUUCGGAUGAUCAAUUAAAACCCAUUUUCAUACCAGAUAUAUUACCUAGCAACAUUCCACCGAAUUCUAAUUUUUCAAUGGUAGCGGGUGAUUUCAUCGAAGUUUAUGGAGAGGAGCAACAUACGGAAAAAUGGGAUUGUGUGGUCACUUGUUUUUUCGUUGAUACGGCCAAAAAUAUUUUAGAGUAUAUGGAAAUAUUUCAUCGAAUUUUGAAACCAGGAGGAUUAUGGAUUAAUCUUGGUCCGUUAUUGUAUCAUUACGAAAAUUCUCCCGGAGAUAUGUCAAUUGAAUUAACUUUGGAACAAGUUAAAUUUGCUGCAAAAGAUAUUGGAUUUCGAUUUCAGGUACCUUAA